AUGAAGAGGGAUGGAGAUAUUGCAUCUCUUUUUCGAAAGCAUGCAGCAAAGAGGCAAAAUGUGAAUCCUAUGCCACCUCCGGAAGCAACUCAAGAACAAGAGAGAGUAAUUGAAGAAAAUGUGAAUCCUAUGCCACCUCCACCGCCACCACAUCCGGAGGCAACUCAAGAGCAAGAGGAAGAGAGAGUAAUUGAAGAAAUUGUGAAUCCUACGCCACCUCCACCGCCACCACCGCUACCACCAUCGGCUCCACCAACUUAUGACGUGAGUCGUCUUCCAAAUGAUCCAGGAGAGAAUGCACUUUUGAAACAUGCACGUUCUAAGGCACAUAAGGCAGCCCAAGAGAAAUACUUUGGUUUUCUGAAUCCUGAUGCAGCAAUUGAUGAUAAAAUUGAGAAGUGGAGUACUGAGGAUCGUUAUCUGUAUAAGAAAAGGCUGACUUAUUCACUUCGAUGUUUGAAGUUUCUUUUGCAUCAAGGAUUAGCAUUCCGUGGACAUGAUGAAAGUGCAGAGUCUAGCAAUAGAGGUAAUUUCAUUGAACUUUUGAAAUUUGUUGCUGCACAUAGUGAAGAGGUGAACAAGUAUGUUCUAAACAAUGCUCCAAAUAAUUGCACUUUGACUAGCCCAAUGAUACAAAAGCAGAUUAUUCAGUGUUGUGCCAUAGAAACUAGAAAGAAAAUAAUUGGAGAACUUGGUGAAGAGCCCUUUGCAAUUUUAGCAGAUGAGUGUAGUGACAUAUCACAUAAAGAACAACUAGCUCUUUGCUUGCGUUAUGUUGAUGCUUCAGGAAGGCCAUGUGAGCACUUUCUUGGAGUUGCUCAUGUAGAUGAUACUACCUCUUUGUCACUUAAAGAUGCAAUUGAAGCUUUACUUGUUAGUCAUGGCUUGACUUUGACACGAAUUCGUGGUCAAGGUUAUGAUGGGGCUAGCAACAUGAGAGGAGAUAUUAAAGGGCUGAAAACAUUGAUUAUGCAAGAGUCACCUUCUGCUUAUUAUAUCUAUUGUUUUGCACAUCAACUCCAACUAGUUCCUGUUGAUGUUGCCAAGGGAAAUAAUGACUGUUCUCUUGUAAGCGUCACGGCAUGCUUCGAGAUGCUAGGAUUGAGAAUCUUAUGA